CUUGCAUCAAAAUGAGAUGCAAAAGAGGGAACAGCAAAACCCACGGGGUUCCCUCCUUGGGCCCUGUGGGCUUUGAUCGUGACAUGGUCCUGUUGUUGCUCCUCUUGACCUCUUGACCUCUGAGGCUUGCCAAGCCCUUACCGGGUCGGCCAACAUCGUCAUCAUCAUCGUCGACAACAAAGUCAACAUCAAUACCAAACAUGACCCCUGUCCGCCCACGACCGACGCCUGAGCAAGAGCGUAGCCCUCAAUCACACGCCCAGGACAGCCAGACUCUUGUGUCACAAUCCUGGCUUCCUCUUGUGCUCGCCGUGUUAUACGUCGCCCUGCUGGUGGUUCCCUGGGUCCUGACGUGCAAGAUUGCAACCGAGCCAGCCUUUAUCAUCAGCUUGUCCUCUAAACAUAUCAGCUACUAUGUUCAGAACGGGUGGGUAACUUCCAUCGACGUGCUCAACUCGCUCGCCACUGUCCUUUCGCUGCCCAUACUGAGCGCCCUGCUGGCUCGUGCAAGCGUUGUCUUCUCCCAGCGUCGUCGCCCAGCCCAGGCGCUCAGUCUCCGUCAGCUUUUCGCCCUCGCUGAUCGAGGCUGGUACAACCUGUCCAAGGCUGUAUCAUCCGUCCACUCGUCGCCAUUGUUGCGACUUGGAUGCCUGUUGCUGUUCAUCUCAAUCCUCCUGCCGCUCAUUCGAUCCGGUCUGGUCUCCUACGACAACGUACCCAUCUCAUCACACUGGCCCGAUUCAUACUGGUGGGUUAUAGAACAGAUUGGUAUCAACCCGAGCCCCGCUACGCUCAGGUCAAAAAGUGCCUAUCAACCAGCGGUGACCAGCGCCACGCGCACAAGCCUGCGACUGGUCACGGGAGGGAUUGACACGAAUCUGUGGCCAGUGUGCAAUGAUCCCGACCCUAGUAGCGCUUGUGGUUUUCGCUACGGCCCCUAUGAUAUCGAGCAGAGCAGGCUCAGCAACUUCUGGGAGUCCGCUGACUCUGCCACCGGAACUGAUGGACGAUUCGAGACCAACGGCUCAGCUUUGAUGCAUGCCUCGACCUUGAGAGCCGGCUCGUCUAUAGGAACAUACAAGGAUAACAAGCUCGGGGCUUAUGCCCUUGGGUUGAAAAGUGGUACACGAUGUGAGAAUGUUCCUGCGCGAGACGUCGAGGAGCAGUGUACUCGUUCUACAGACAACGGGGACCUUUCUGAUGCUGCCCGUGGCUGGAACACCAGCCUGGAGAUCCCGCAACAAUUCCGCCUCAAUAUAUGCUAUCCCCCGAUCGAAGGAGACCCUUGGGAGUCUGCCAACGCGUCGCCAUGGAGACCAAUCAAGUUCACCGAACACCUCUACGUCGGUCUCGACGAUCCAGACUCCCACGAAUGGGAGUGCUCAGGAGGCUGUGAUCACUUGGGCUCCAGCAGCGGCCUCUACUUCCACUGCCAGGCAGACUCUAUGAUGAGUUAUUUCGAGAUGGGAAAGGCUAGCACCAAUGGCAUGCCGGGUCGCCUCUUGGAACAGAUGCCUGCGGGCUUCGACACCCCUGGCCCGGCUGAGCCGUCUGCCGGGUCGUCAUGGUACCCUUAUUUUGGACCCCUGAAGACCGCAACAGUGGCCAUGUUUGGCAACGACAGUUGGUUGGACAUGCUCAAAGUGGCCAUGGAGGAUGUGGAAGAUUCAAACUUGACAAUUGCCGCCGCAAUAACAAUUCUCUGUUCAAUGAGACCCCUCGGCGACGCUGACGGCUUCAACGACAAUGAGGCGUGUAGAGACGCCGUAUACCCAUCCCAUACAUUUUAUGAAACGCCUGCAGUUUUGUUUUCGACUUUUGUCCGCGACAUGUUGAAGCAAUUCCAAACCGGAAGGCGGGCCAGGGCGACACUCAACACGGCGACCUUCUACGCGAACAGCGCCCUACUGACUGAGCUGACUCAAAGAGCCGACGAUUCUCCCGCCUACAAGUACGGCAUUCAAGAGAGCGACGAGCACCUGUAUGUUCCGGUUCUCAGUUUGGCUGCGAUCGUGACCGUUUCCAUCCUCGUCGGCGUGCAGGUCGUUGGAAUCGUCAUCCUCCUCGUUUACCUAUAUAGCAGCAAGGUGUGGACAUGGACACUGGACGCUAUCGCAGUCGCCCGUAUUGGCUCCCAGCUCUCGGGGCUGGACGUAUUCCUGGUUCCAUGCGAGACAGGAACGCUGGGGCCGGCCUGGCUGACAGUGGAUGCCGCAAAGCAGCUGGAACAGACGGACGGACUUGUCGGAUCGACCUGCCUGACGGGGCAGAUUAUGGGCCAUGACGAUAUCGAGAUGGCGACCAUGCCACCGCCGUACGCCCCGCGGGGUGAGGAGCCGAGCAUCAGGGAGGAGAGCCGACUGCCCGGCACGGCGGUGGCGGCUCGGAACACGGUCACCUCAGACCAUCUUGCGCCCGAGUACACGCCACCUGCAGAGGAGCACACGACGCGUGCGCCUAGUGGGGAGGCUGAAGUCGCCGGUGGGCGCGGAGGCUUCAGCGAGGUGGCAAUAUCACGUGCGCCAUCAUCUGAGCCGCCGGGCGCUGUCUUCCCAACCGUGCCAUCAAUCGAGGCGCUUGCAGUCGGAGGGCGAGGCCUCAUCCCACGGCGAGGAUGGAAGAAGGCUGAUAAACCUCUCCCCCAAACGGCAGCAGAGUAGUAGUUUGUUCGACUCGGUUGAUAAGGGGUGGAGCGUAUACAGGGACCACCCUGAAGUAAUGUUUGAAUAGAUUUGGCGCCAUCAUAGAUAAUACCCAAUAUUUGCUAUAGAAGAGAGUUAUUAUUCCAGUC